AUGGAGCUGUGUACACAAGGGUACAACAUCACGACUGGAGACGGUGUGGGGCAAUUCUGCAAAGAAACUAUACAAGUUAAUCAGAACAAUUAUCUGCUGGAUAUUUUAACGCACACCUGCACAACGUUGAUCAUCUUGUUCUCUGUGUUGGGAGUAGCAACGAACGUUCUGAACACUGUCGUGUACUGUCAAAUGGGGAUUAGAGAAACAGUAAACAUAACGUUCAUAGCUCUUUCUAUAUGGGACCUAAUCGCUUGCUUGUGUUCGUGUUUAACACUAAUAUGCAAAUUCUGGGAAACUUACUUCCCUUUAGCAGCCGUCAACCUGCUGUCGGUUCAGUACGUAUACAUAGGAUACACCAGAGGUUUUAUGUACGACCUGUCAACUAUAGAUACCGUGUAUCUGACAAUAGAGAGAUCGGUCUGUAUAAUGAUUCCCUUCAAGGUGAAAGAUAUAUUCACCACAACCCGUGUUUGUAUCAUUAACGUAAUUAUUGUCAUGUUUUGUGUGGCUUGCUUCUCGCCAGCUUGGGCAACGCAAGGACUUCAGUGGGUGUUUGAUCCUGUCUUUAACAUGACUCGAUUGUCUCUAUGGCUGUCUUAUAAUAGACGCAGCAUUAGUUUGUUUAUUGAUACCUUUAACGGCAUGGUAUUGCCUGUUUUGGCUCAAAUCCUCAUUGCAGUCAGUGCUGGUGUCAUGAUUCGGGGAGUCAAGAAUUCAUCAAAAUUUCGUCGUCAAGCUGCAAAUUUAACAAAGAUAAAAGACACAUUUUUGACUGAACAGACAACGACGUCAAAAACAUUACCAUCAAGCCAUCAAAGCAAAAAUAACAUUACACUAAACAAAGACUUAAAGGUGACAAAAGUUGUUAUAUUGCUAGCAAUGAUAUUUUUUGUUUGUAAUUCUUCCGUGUUUAUUGUUGCUUUUAUUAGAGUUUUGAUUCCAGAGAUAGAUGUAGGCGGACAGCAAUACCAGCUGUACGCCCAACUUUACGCUUUGGUUGUUCUAUCUGGUAUGGUCAAUGCAACAGUUAACAUCGUUGUUUACUAUACCGUCAGUACAAAGUACAGAAAGGAGAUUGUGCGGCUCUUUCGCUGGGCGGGGACACGCAGAUUUACACAAGACUGA